AUGUCUCGGGCCCAAUCGGUAAUCACGUUGCCGUACGACGUACCAUAUAAUUGGCAAGAAGACCAAUACACCCGAGGCUGGAUCCUGUCCUCGUUCUACUGGGGCUACGUGGUGACGCAUCUGCCGGGUGGCAUGCUGGCCGAGCGCUACGGCGGCAAGUACUCGCUCGGCUUGGGUAUCCUGUCGACGGCGAUUUUCACACUGUUGACCCCAGUUUCGGUGGACGCCGGUGGGGCGGUGGCUCUGAUCGUGCUCAGGGUACUGAUGGGCCUCGGCGAGGGCACGACCUUCCCGGCGCUCAAUGCCAUGCUUGCCCAAUGGACGCCGCCCGAGGAGAGAUCGAAAAUCGGCUCGCUCGUCUUUGCCGGCGCUCAAUUGGGCACGGUGUUCGCGACGACAGUGUCGGGCCUGAUAAUGCACCACUCGAGUUCCGGCUGGCGCAUGGUGUUCUACGUGUUCGGGGGCAUGGGUGUCCUCUGGUUUCUCGUCUGGGUGGUACUUUGCUACAACAACCCGCGGGAGCACCCGUUCAUCUCGGAGGAGGAGGCCAAGUACCUCGACGAGCGCAUGAGCGCGCACACCCACCAAAAACCACCGCCCGUGCCUUGGCGUCACUUGUUGCGCUCCGCCCCCGUGUGGGCCCUCAUCGCCGCCCAAAUCGGCCACGACUGGGGCUUCUUCACCAUGGUCACCGAUCUCCCCAAGUACAUGGCGAGCGUCAUCAAACUCCCCAUCAAGGACAACGGCUACUGGUCCUCCCUGCCUUACCUGUGCAUGUGGUUCUUCAGUUGCUUCGCCUCGUGGCUCGCCGAUUGGAUCAUCGUUCGCCGUUACCUAUCCACCACCACGGUACGGAAAGUCGGGACCACCAUUGCCUCCAUCGGCCCCGGCGUCUUCAUCAUCCUCGCCUCGUACGCCAGCUGCAACGUUACCCUCGUCAUCGUCUACUUCACCGUCGGCAUGACCCUCAUGGGUGCCUUUUAUCCAGGCAUGAAGGUCAACGCGUUGGAUCUCAGUCCGAAUUAUUCGGGCACGUUGAUGGCCAUGGUCAACGGUAUCGGGGCCUUCACGGGGAUCAUAACCCCGUACAUAGUGGCCGAAUUGGCACCUCAUUCGACCCUCUUCGAGUGGCGUUUGGUCUUUUGGAUCGUCUUGGGCGUGUUCAUCGCGACAAACGUCAUUUUCAUCGUGUACGCGAGUGGCGAGGUGCAGCCCUGGAACGACCCCGCCUUCGAGAGGAACGGCCAACAGGGCAAGUCGUCGUUGAAGAUCCAGGAGGCCACCAUAGGUGCCAUUUACGGGAAAAAAUCGGCCGGAGGCGCGUGAUGGCCAAUCCUACGUUCUUCGUUUUCGCGGGUAAAUGGAAGUGGCAGUUGGCGGGGAAAAAGGGGACAUUCGCGCUCGGAGACGCUAUAUUAUAUACGUACUUAUACGAACGUCGUGUGUUACCUGCAGUGUGUACAACUGCGCACGUAGUCGAGUACCAUUUUUGUCCUCGAUCGAGCAAUCAACGGGAGCAAUUUUGUUUUGUCUGUGAUCCAGAUUUCAAAAGGAAAACACGAUGAUGAUACGAUUCAAUGGUUUGUUAUCGCUGUGCGCUAGUUUUUACGACUUUUACAUAGUUUACUCUUUGUUAUGUCAUGCAAUUAUACACUACACGUCCCGUGUCGACUCUGUACAUAAACGAACUUGUUAAUGCAAUAACUAAGUCACUAUUACGAGAUUACAGUUGUAAAUAAUCCAUACCUACCUAGGGAAAUACUUAUUAUUAUGGUAAACGACAUUUUGCUAAGAGAUUACUAGACUCAAUGUGGAGUUACGCAAA